AUGUUUCUUUACCAUACAUUUCGUAUUACGGUGUUUGCGUGUUUCCUCAUGUUCAUGACACUUACCCGACCAUAUCCAACAAAGUUAGUCUUGUCAGGAACUUCAUGUUCUCAACACUGCCUGCGUGGUUCCUGUUAA